AUGGCAUCCCGCAAGCCUAAGCAGACUGCGACCGUCGCCAAGAGUAGGAAGGCUUCUACCGGCGCAGGAGUAGCGAAGCGCAGUUAUAAGAAGGUUCGCUUCCAUGAGAAUGGCUUGCUCAACGUUGAGACAAAGACGGGAAAGUACCUUCAGAUCGCGAGGCAGAACCAGCGAAACUCCCCGUUAUUGCGGUUGCCAGCAGAGAUCCGCCACUUGAUCUUCGGAUAUGUACUCGGUGGCAAGACAUUUGUCAUCGACCACUACGUCAAUCAAGACAUUGCAAAGAACAGAACGCUCUUGAAGAACGCUCUUGCCUUGCUCGUGGUCUGCCGCCAGGUCUUUGCUGAAUCUGCCUUGCUACCAUUCAGCUCGAACACUUUCUCAGCUCUCCACCCCCAAACUCUCAACAUGUGGAUCAGAGACCUCCCCCCACCUUUCGCUCAUGCUAUCACUUCCGUACGACUUCAUCCUCGCAUAGAAUUGUCUCUUCAGGAGAGCUGGUACGACACGCAAAGCGGAAUACCACGAUUGCAGAUCUUCCUAGGUCGUGAAGAUAAGCGACUGUCUUCAUCUUUAACCUCUCUCAAGAACGUACAGCUUGCUGUAAUCAUGUGGAUAAGAGGCCCAAGGAAAGAUAACGAGAAGCUGCAAGAACACGGUUGGCAGUUCAUAAAAGGUCUGUAUGAGGCAGAGAACAGCGAGGUCAAAUUCACCAGAAGUAGGAGACCGCUCUUGUUCUUCUAG